ACUGCCACCAAGCGAAACACGAGCAACAUGUAACGGGCAAGUAGAAACCAUACACCAUUUUAUGUAAUGGUAUGUGAAGGUGUAUAGGAAUACGUAUUUCGUAGGUUAAAUCUGAUGCGUAAAAGAGCAGCAGAUAUAUUCGAAGAGAGGCGAAACCUGCUGCGUGUAAAAGUGGGAGGAAAAUAAACUUUUGGAGGUGCUGAAAUGUUUUUGAUUAUAACAGAAGAGGCGAUUUAUGUUAGGAGUGGGAAUACAACUUACUAAGAAAGUGCAAGACGCUAUUCUGUAUCAAUGCUAAUUGACAGGCGCAACUUUAGGCGAUGGCGACCCAGACGGAAGAGAAAACGCACAGUGAGCUAACGAAUACGGGACAGUGAGCGAGGCCCACGGCUGGACAAGCCCUUCAGACCCGCCCAACAAUCGAAUAAUAUCCCAGUUGAACUUGGGGAAAGGGGAGAGAUUGGACAGCUAGCUUUACGCAGCGCAACGAGCUGAACAUAUACCCCGACUUCACUACAAGCAACUGAGAAGUGGAACUACACGUCUGCUGUGCGUAAAUUGGAGAUGAUACGGCUUGUUAUGAUUAACAACGUUAUCUAAAGGACGGCGAUAAAGGUAAAUACAGCCAGCUGAUGUGGCCAAAGCACUCUUGUAAGCUACUCCUGCGGCAACACGGCCGCUUUAAUUCAAAGCGAAGCAAGAGACGGAGGGAGUGAACACUUUUGGCGUUUAUAUUUUCUUAUCUACCUUUUAUCAAUAUGGGCGAGAAAGUCGACUCGAAACGAUCGACUCCGGUGGAAGGCUGUUUGGACGGGGAGAGCAGCAACCUCAGCGUGCUCAACUGGGAACAAGUGCAGCGCCUGGACGCUAUCCUGGCUGAGUCCAUCCCAAUCCACGGUCGCUGGAACUUCCCAACCCUUGAGAUUAAACCGCGGGACAUAGUCAAAGUGGUCCGGUGUCGCAUGGAGGAGAAACGCAUACAUGUCCGGGAGGUCCGCCUGAACGGUUCCGCGGCCAGCCAUGUUCUCCAUGAGGACAGCGGGUUGGGAUGGAAGGAUCUGGACUUGAUAUUCUGUGCCGACAUGAAAGGCGAGCUAGAGUUCCAGACAGUGAAGGAUAUAGUUCUUGAUGCUUUGCUAGACUUCUUACCCGAGGGAGUGAACAAGGAGAAGAUCACACCAGUGACCUUAAAGGAGGCCUAUGUGCAGAAGAUGGUGAAGGUUUGUAAUGACUCAGACCGCUGGAGCCUCAUCUCCCUCUCCAACAACAGAGGCAAGAAUGUGGAGUUAAAGUUUGUGGACUCUCUGCGUCGCCAGUUUGAGUUCAGUGUGGACUCCUUCCAGAUUCGCCUGGACUCCCUCCUCCUCUUCUACGAGUGCUCCGAGCACCCCAUGGCAGCCACUUUCCACCCCACCAUCCUGGGAGAGAGCGUCUAUGGUGAUUUCUCCGCCGCUCUCGACCAUCUACGCAAACGCCUCAUCUGCACGCGGAGCCCCGAGGAGAUUCGCGGUGGUGGUCUACUGAAAUACUGCCAUCUGCUGGUCCGGGGUUUCUGCGCGGCUUCUGGAACCGAAAUGAAACUUCUGCAACGCUACAUGUGCUCCAGGUUCUUCAUAGACUUCCCAGAGGUAGGCGAGCAGAGGAGGAAACUGGAAUCCUACCUCCAGAACCACUUUGUGGGUCUCGAGGACAGGAAAUACGACUAUCUGGCCACUCUGCAUGGAGUAGUGCGGGAGAGCACGGUGUGCCUGAUGGGCCACGAGAAGAGACAGACACUGGGCCUCAUCUCCUCCCUGGCCCUACGGGUUCUUGCCGAGCAGAACGUCAUCCCCAACACAGCCAAUGUCACCUGCUACUACCAGCCCGCCCCAUAUGUCGCAGACGGCAACUUCAGCAACUACUACGUGGCCCAAGUGCAGCACGUUUACCCUCAGCAGUACCCCCCUCAGCAGUACCCCCCUCAGCAGUACCCCCCUCAGCAAUACCCCCCUCAGCAAUACCCUCCGUCACAGUAUCCCCUUCCACACCAUCCACCUCCGCACCACCCCAUGUACACUGCAUGGAUGCCCUGCAACUGAGUGUGUGACAGUGGACACACACACAUACACAUAGUCACUCAUGGAACGAUAGGAUUCUCAUCCUAACAAAUGGAUAGAUCACAGGAUGAUGGUUGUUCCUCUCUGUAUUCUGAUAGAGAGAUAAAGAGGUGUAGUUUUGCUUUGGUUUUGAGCAGGAUGGAGAGGAGAGAAGAAGAGGCCACUUGGAUGUGGUCUGACCCUGGAGAGAAGGCUUUCAUCCAGGGCAGAAAGCCAGCAGUGGAGGAGAGGAGUGCAAAAGGAGGGGAGCCAGAACAAGGCUGACCUAAGAUGAGGCUGAGGUUGAAGCCAGGAGGCCAGUUUGUCCAUGGCUAUUAGCCAGUCCUAGAAGCCAGGCUAAACACCUUGCUGGACAAACAUGCACCGCCACAGAGUGACAAAUAUAGGAACAUUCGGCUUAGGGCUGAAUACUACCAGUGUUGAUGAUGCAGUGAAAUAAUGUACAUAACCACCUUGAUAGUGGUUAUGUUUUUGCAAGCAAUGGCUUGUAUUUGAGACGCUUGAAUAUACACUCACAUACAGUAUACUGCCUAAUACUCAUACAUGCAUCAAACACAGACACACUCUUAAACAUCUCACACACUAGACAGUGCAUACAUAUACAUUUACAUAGGCGCACACUGAGUGUACGGUGAAGGAAAGUGAUCACAGAGAAUACUGGAAGUUGUGUACACGUCCUGAUUGGUUGGCUAAGAAGACCUAGUGUUGACAUUUCUCUGACCAGGGAAAACAAGAAGUGAGACAGUCUGACCGCAGGCAAUGCAAAAGAAGAACUGGACAUUGUUUACAAACCAAAGAUCUAUCUUUUAGCUACCCACUAUUUGGCUGAACAAGGGGGGAAUGCAAUAUGUAUGUGAAUAUUUUUGCUUUAAGUGCCUACAUGUCUAAAAGGAAGAAAUAGGUUGUUAUAUUUUGUGAAUAAACCCAGGCCUGUUCAUUUUAGACAAAGGACCAUGGGCCUUUUAAGGGUGAUGAUGGUGUGUUACCUGUGUAAAUGAAUGUAUUUUGGACCAGAAAGGGAAACAAUGUGGAAUUGUUAUUGAAGUAGAGGGACACGGUUUUGACCUCUGACUUAGUGUGUCUCAUAUCGCCCAACUCAAAGUAUAAUUGGAUGAUGAGAGAGAGAUGGGUUAGAGUGCAAAAGAGAAAGGAGGGAGAAAGUAAGAGAUGGGAAGGGGAUCAACUCGCGAGAGAGGAGGAGAGUAUGUCCUGUAAACUCCUGCAGACUUGUAGUGUCUCUGUCGUCAGAGCAUACUGUUAGUGUUUUUACCAGUAGAGAGAGGGGCCUGAAAGUGUAUUUCUGAGAGAUAUUUUAGUGAUAUUCUAGAGUGUGUGUGUAUGGGAAAUAUGUGUGUUCACAAGGUGGAAAUUGUCCUUCUUUGCCAUUUUCUUCUUUGUGACAUUUCUGAAGUUUCCAUGUGUGAUGUGAGAAAGGGGGAGAGUAAGCAUUUUCACCUGUGCAAAGCUUGCACCUGUUAUUUUUAAAUAAUAAAACAUAAAAUAAUGAACAAAAAGUAAAGAUUAAGAGAAGGAUAUCUGAGUUAACAUAUCAAUAAAGUUUUUUUUAUUUUUUAUUAUCUUGUAUUCCCCUUAUAAAGAUGUUAGGUGCAAACUUUGAGCAUGUGAAAAUAUUGAGUAAAUCUAACCCUAUCAAUGCAGACACCUCACAUCAUUCUAUUAAACCUGUUCUCAGAUAUCUUAUUUUUGUAUCAAUCUCUAUUUUUUUACAUGUUGUUUGGCUCAUGCCAUAGUUUUCUUGAUUGCCUCAUUCCAAGAGGCUGUACAGAGAGAGUUUGCAUGCGUGGGAGAGUGUUAUUUCAAUAGAUUCUAUGGUUUUCCCCAAAUCCUGGUUGGAGGUUUCCUGGAAUCAGGAAGGAAUAAGAAGGAAAUCCGGAUCCUCCAACCAGGAUUUGUGGAAAAACAGGGAAUUUAUUGAAAGUUCCUGUAAUUUUGCAACCCUAAUGAGACUCAUACACACAAGGUUAAUGUUCAAAUGCAGACACACUUGUGUCUAUGGUGUUGCUCAUGCAACCUUUUUUAUUUUCUUAAUUUUUUGUUUAAAAACGUUAUUCUCUAACUAACAUGCAAAGCACACCGAACACGUUGCGUGCGUGAGCAUUGCAAAAUAAAUGUACACAUUCACCCACACAGCACGUGAACGAUUGUCUGCGUAGCCAAGCGCUAAAAUAGGACUUGGUUCUAUUUGAGACGCUCCACACGCUUUAAGUACCCUCCUUAUUCAAUAUCAGGAAGAUACAAACACACGUGGAUGCUUGAAAGACAAACGGGAAGAUAUUAAUUAUAGAUAACUAACUAGGGAUCCCUUUUAAUCUGUGGAUUAAUUGUCGGAGUAGAGAAGCAUAUUUGUAGCAAUUCUACAAAGAACCAGCUAAAAAGAGGACUAUACUGUAUGCAUAUCAGGUAAAUAAUAACCCAAUGUUCAUCUCCCAGGACAAACUAACUAGCAACUGCUAGCUAGCUAAAUGUCCAUGAAUGUCUCAUGUAUAAUAUAAUUCAUUCACAGUUGAUUUUGGUGUCAUUAUCGUGUCUGCGGACGCACACGCGUGGCUGAUGUAGUCAGCAUGUAAGAAAGAGAAUGUCUGAGUCUUAUUGUUGUGUAAAUGUCUGUUUUGAUUGCCAUCCAAUAUGGGAUUGGUCAAAGAGUUGGAAAUAAUGUUUAAAGCAACACAAGUGUCUAAGAUGAAAUACUUUAUCAUUAAA